AUGGCUAUCCUUAGAUUAACAAAGCUUGCUGGGCUUUGGUAUGACAAUCUAAAAGCCAAGAGACGAAGAGAAGAGAAAGAAAAGAUCGAGUCAUGGGAGAAACUCAAGAAGAAAAUGGAGAGGCGUUGGGUACCACGUGAGUAUGAGCAAGAUCAAUAUGUCAAGCUAACUCGACUAACUCAAGGCGAUCUCAGUGUUGAUGAGUAUGUUCGUGAAUUUGAGAGGUUAGGCUUGAUGUGUGACUUGCAAGAGAAGGAACCCCUCAAGAUUGCUCGUUUCACUAAAGGGCUGUCCAAACCCAUCUCUCACAAGGUAGAUCUUAUGAGCUUUUCUACUUUUGAUGAAGUUGUGAUAGUAGCUAGGAAGGUGGAAGCACAAGUGAAACAGGAGAAGCCUAAGGCGAACACAAGUGGCGUCAAGACUCCAUAUAAACCAUACAUACCUUUUAGGAAGAGUGAGUCUUCUUCUAGCUCUUCUAAACAACUUUCUUCUACUAAUCCUUCAAAGUUUCAAAGUGGAAAAUCUAGUUUUAAGCAAGAAGGAUUCAAGAGGACUUUUUACAAGUGCCAAGAACGUGGGCAUAUUGCUAGUGAAUGCCCAAAAAGGAAUAUUCUCACAACUCACCCGAGUGAGGAGGAUUCUUACAGCUAUGAAUCUGAAAGUAACAAUGAAGAUGUUGAGGAGUAUGAUGCGGAGGAGAAUGACAACCCUCUUUGUGGAGUUGUUAGGAGAGUCUUACAUUCCGAACCUCUCAAAGACAUGCAGCAACGAGAGAACCUUUUCCAUACAAGGUGCAAGGUUCUUGAUAAGACAUGUGAUGUGAUUGUUGAUGGAGGAUCAUGCACGGAUGUGGCAUCCACAGAACUUGUCAGUAAGCUUAAGCUUCCUCUUCAAAAUCAUGCUAAGCCUUACAAAUUGAAUUGGUUGAAUAAUGAAACUGGUUUGAAGGUCAAGAAACAAGCUUUAGUUUCAUUUACAAUUGGCAAUUAUCAUGAUGAACGUUGGUGUGAUGUAUUGCCUAUGAGUGCAUGUCAUAUUUUGCUUGGUAGACUAUGGCAAUUUGAUAGAAAUGCUGUACAUGAUGGUGUUUCUAAUAUAUAUACGGUUACUACCACGGGUGGAAAAAAGAUUAGAUUGUUGCCUUUGCCUCCUAAGGUUGAACCUAUGGUGGAAAGGAGACCUAAUUUUCUGAUUUCGAGGAAAGAGUUCGAAAAAGAGUGUGCAAUGGAGGGAGGAGGGUUUGUACUUCUUGUUAAACCCAUUUCUAAUGUUGUUUCCUAUGCCACUAACUCUUUGUCUUUGAGUCAUUUGCUUGAAGAAUUUUCUGAUGUAUUUCCUAGUGAUUUACCGAAAGGACUGCCACCUUUUCGUGGGAUUGAGCAUGCAAUUGACUUAAUCCCGGGAGCCCCAUUGCCUAACAAAGCAGCCUAUCGGUGCAAUCCCGAGCAAGCUAAAGAGUUGCAAAGGCAAGUGGAAGAACUAAUGGAGAAAGGUUAUACGACCCAGUUGAGGAGGGGGUGUCAUUUGGGCCAAAAGCUGUGA